CGGCACGAGGGGGGCGGCGCCACAGGCCCCAAAACUCCAGCGGCGGCUCUUUCCGGGUCCGAGAACCUUUUUAUCUGCGCCGCUGCGCCGCGCCGCGAACCGAGCUCGGAGCCGGUGGGCCCUCGGCGGCCGUGGCGAAUCGGCGACGGGUCGGCCUGGGCUGAGCGGGCGGGGUCCAAGCGCGCCUCCCCCGGGCCCGCUGCCCGCCCCGCGUGGCCACUACCCUCCGGGCCGCUAGGGCCGCACCUCGGCGGCAUAUGGAGAUCCCCAAGCUAGGGAUCCAAACUGUCCUGGGAUGCUUACCAGUGUUCCCUCUGCCACCCGCUAGAGGCAAACUAGCACCCCCAGAUGUGAUAUCGAAAGUUGUGUCCAGAUGUUCUCUUGUGACCCAGUGGGUUAAGAAAUCUGGCAUUGUCGCUGCAGCGGUUUGGGUUUCUGCUGUGGUGCGGGUUUGAUCCCUGGCCCGGGAACGUCCAUGUGACUUGGGUGCAGCCAAAAAAAUUAUAAUAACAGAAAUAAAAGAUGCCUCCAGACACUGGCAUGUGUCCCUGGGGUGAGGGUGCCCUACUGCAGAGGGCGCCAUGGAGCAGCUUUUGGUGGAAAUGGGGGCAGAUGCUGGCCGGAGGGGGGGAUACACAGCUGGGUGAUUUCAGGGGUGAGAAGGACCCAGCUCCUCAGGAAGCUUAAAACCAGGUCGUGGGGGGGGGGUGUUCGGAGAGUAUGUGAAAAACGCUCCCUUCCACUGAGUGCCAUGUGCAUGGCCGCAGCUCCUUGGACUCACCACGUGCUUCUCCUGUGACCGCCAGGAUGGAUCCCGUCCUCUCUGCCGUCCGGCUCUCUGUCCAGGAGGCUGUUCACGUCCUGUCGUCGUCUGAGGAUGGCGGCCACAUCUUCUCCACCCUGGGGUCGCUAAAGCACUAUCUCGGUGAAACGGAGAACCCAGCCCUCCCAGAGGAGCAGCAGGAGUUUGCCAGGAUCCACUUUCCCACCGUCCUCAGGUGUCUUGUUCGCCGGCUGAGCCCCGGCUGGCUGGAGCUGCUGCCCGACGGGCAGCUGGAGCAGCUGUGGGCCAGCUUCUUCCUGACGGGCCCGGCAGACCAGGCUUUCCUGGUGCUGAUGGAGGCCAUCGAGGAUGCGGCCGGCUCCAGCUUCCGUCUGAUGAAGAUGGCGCGGCUGCUGGCCAGGUUCCUGAGCGUGGGCAGGAUGGCCGCUGUGUUGGAGGGGCAGUGUCGGCAGCAGGCAGAGCCGGCCUUCCCCCUGCUCCAGGCCACGCUCCUCGCCAAGGUGGUGAGCUUGCCCGAUCACCUGGGCAACCGCCUGCAGCAGGAGAACCUGGCCGAGUUCCUCCCGCAGAACUACUUCCUGCUGCUGGGCAAGGAGGUCCUGCGGGUGCUGCAGGGGGUGGUGGACUCGCUCCGAGGUGGCUCGGACUGCUCUGUGUCCUUCCUGUCUCAGGUCCUCGGGAAGGCCUGCAUCCUCGGGAGACAGAAGGAGAUCCUGGGUGCGCUGGUGCCCCGACUGAUGGCGCUCACCCAGGGCCACUGCCUGUGGCAGCGGGUCUGCUGGCGCCUGGUGGAGCGUGUGCCCGACCGGGCCAUGGAGGCCGUGCUGACCGGGCUGGUGGAGGCCGCCCCAGGGCCUCGCGUCCUCUCGCGGCUGCUGGGGAACCUGGUGACCAAGAGCAAGAAGGCCCAGUUUGUGAUGACCCGGAAGCUGCUGCUCCUCCGGUUCAGCUGCACGACACCUGUGCUGCAGAGCCUGCUGGGGUACCUGGCCGAGGACAGCCAGCGACGCCCGCUCCUCAUGCAGGCGCUGAAGGAGCUCCUGGAGACAUGGGGCAGCAGCAGCGCCAUCCGCCACACGCCCCUGGCACAGCAGAGCUACAUCAGCAAGGCCACCCUCAUCUGCCUGGCACACCUGCAGGAGGCGGAGCUCCGGGACUGCCGGGCCGAGUUGCUGGCCAGCCUGAUGGCGGGAGUGAAGUGCCGCCUGGACAGCAGCCUGCCCCCCGUGCGCCGCCUGGGCAUGAUCGUGGCUGAGGUGGCCAGCGCCCGGAUCCACCCUGAGGGGCCUCCCCUGAGGUUCCAGUAUGAAGAGGACGACCUGACCCGCGAGAUGCUGGCCCUGGCCACUCCCUGGCCCGUGACUGACAGUCCCUCGGCGGAGGGCCCACCUGUGGCUCCCGUCCGUGGAGAGGACCCUGACAAGAAGACCGCAGCCAGUGGCGGCCCCCAGGCUCAGCCGGAGGGCUCCGACUCCGAGCUGGACAGUGAUGACGAGUUUGUCCCUUACGACAUGUCGGGGGACACGGAGCUGAAGAGCGGCAAGGCACCCGUGUACGUGCGGGAUUGCGUGGAAGCUCUGACCGCGUCCGAGGACUGGGAGCGCUGGGAGGCGGCUCUGCGGGCCCUCGAGGGGCUGGUCUUCAGGAGCCCGGCUGCCGCGCGGGAGGUGAGCGUGGAGCUGGCCAAGGUGCUGCUGCACCUGGAGGAGAAGACGGCCGUGGCGGGCUUCGAGGGGCUGCGUCAGAGGGCCCUGGUGGCUGUCACAGUCACAGACCCGGCACGGGUAGCCGAGUACCUGACUGCACAGUUCUACGCCCUCAACUACAGCCUCCGGCAGCGCAUGGAUAUCCUGGACGUCCUGACUCUGGCUGCCCAGGAGCUGUCGCGGCCUGGGCGUCUCGGGAGGGCCCAGCGGAGUGCCUCGGGCCCCAGCCCCCAGCCCAGCAGCACCGUGGCUCCCACCUGGCGGGCAGUGGUGGAGGAGCGCAUCCGAAGCAAGACCCGGCGGUUCUCCAAGGGCUCCGCUGGGCGGGGACUGGCCCCUGUCCCCAAUGAAUUCAACGCGGUGGCUGGCUACUUCUUUUUCCCCCUCAUUCAGCGUUUCGACAAGCCUCUGGUGACCUUUGACCUGCUGGGAGAGGACCAGCUGGUUCUCGGGAGGCUGGCCCACACCUUAGGGGCCCUGAUGUACCUGGCUGAGAACACCUCGGUGGCUGUGCCCAUGGGCAAGGCCCUCCUGGAGUUCGUGUGGGUCCUUCGUUUCCAUGGCGAUGGGUACAUGCGCCGGGGCUUGCUGUCUGCCGUCUCCGCCGUCCUUCUCAGCCUUCCAGCUGAGCGGCUGCUGGCAGACCUGCCGGACGAGCUGCUGGAGACCCGGUCCUGGCUGGCAGAUGUGGCUGAGAAGGACCCGGACGAGGACUGCAGGCUGCUGGCGGUGAAGGCGCUGCUGCUUCUGGAGAAGCUCCGAGACAAGCUGCUGGCACUGUCCUCUCAUUAGUGCCUGACCUCCACGCCCUCGGGACCCCCCCACCACUCCACCACUGGAAGCAAGGAGGCGGGGAGGCCGGCGGCGGGGGAAUGGGCCGGCCACAGGUACAGCCACGGAGGCCCUGCCCCAGCCCCGCUGCUGCCGCCCCAGGUCCACACAGGGCCCUGGGCUCUGCCCGCACCAACAGGGGCUGGGACUCCAGCAGGGCCGCUGUCGGUGCAGCUCUGGGCUGGGGGCUUCUGAGUGACCUGCCCCCAGCCCCUUCCGUCACCCUAAAGCAGAGUACUUUAAAAGCAACGGCGAGGAACAAUAAAACACAUGCAGCUCUCCA